AUGACACGAAGCCCAUACGCAGAGGACCUCGCCCUCGCCAUCUCAACCGUCCAUGCCGCCUCCCUCCUAACCAAACGCGUCUUGCGCACCUUCUCCACCUCCGUUUCCGCAGAAACAAAAGCGGACGACUCCCCCGUCACCAUCGCGGAUUUCGCCGCCCAGGCCAUCCUCAUUGCCGCCCUCCACGCCGCCUUCCCGAGCGAUGCAUUCGUCGGCGAGGAGAGCGCGCAGGCGCUGAGGAGGAAUGCCGAGUUGGCGGACAAGGUGUGGGAGCUUGUGCGACGGGCUGCUGCGGAGCAUGACGAGGAUGGAACAUCGCAAUUGCGGCGGAGGUUGCACUUCCCGGCCACCAAGGCGGAGAUGCUGGAUGCGAUUGACCUCGGCGCUCAAAGCACGCAGCAGACUAGUCAGGGCCGCGUGUGGGUGCUCGACCCCGUGGACGGGACGGCGAGUUUCAUGGAAAACAAGCAGUACGCUGUUUGCCUCUGUUUGCUGGUCGACGGUGUCCAGGAGGUUGCCGUCACCGGCUGUCCGAAUCUGAAGUGGGAUGUCAUUAGUGAGGGGGAGUGGGAUGCGGAGGCAAAUGCGAAGGCGCCCAGGAGAAUCCAUGAGGAUCUGGUUGAUGCCGAGGGAUACGGGGUCUUGCUGCAUGCUGUCAGGGGCGAGGGGGCAUUCAUCAGGAAGAUUCACGAGACCGGGCUGGGAGAACCGCAGCGGAUUGUUAUCAACGACGAUGUCGCCACAACUACGUCAAAGGACCUCUCAACUCUCAACUUCAUCGAAGCCACCCUGGGCAAAUCCAGUCUCUCUCAAUCCGAUCACGAAGCCGUGGCUCGCCUUCUCUCCGCUCCCUGGCCCGGCACUAUCCUCUGGUCCCAGCAACUCAAGUACGUAGCGCUGGCCCUCGGAGCUACCGACGUCAUGUUGCGCAUUCCAACGGACAAAGGAAGGUACACGCACGUAUGGGAUCACGCUGGCGGACACUUACUGUUGACGGAAGCGGGAGGUAUUGUUCGGGAUCUCGAAGGUGGGGAGAUCGACUUUGGACGCGGGAGGAGGAUUCUGGGGACCAGGAAUUUCGGUAUGGUUGCCACGAGGAAAUGGUGUUUUGAGGGGGUCAUGCAGGCGGUGAGCGAGGUGCUGCGUAGGAGAGGGGGUUGA